UCCAUGGCGAACAUUUUCCACGUCUACCACCGGGUUCUCCGGUGGCUAAUGAAGGUCGCCGGAGUCCGGCAAGAACUGGUCCAGAUAGAACCAGGAACCACGAUGAAUUUCUGGGUACCCACCAGAAACCCGAAAAAAAACCGGAAUCCACCGGUGGUCCUUCUCCAUGGAUUCGCCGGCAACGGGAUCAUGACGUGGCAAUUUCAGGUGAUGAAUUUGGCCAGAAACUACGCCGUCUAUGUACCGGACUUUCUCUUCUUCGGCGAGUCGGUGACGGACCGGGCGGAGAGAUCGCCGGAGUUUCAGGCGGAGGGCGUGGUGAAGGGGCUGAGGAAGCUGGGGGUUGAGAGGCCGUGCGUUUUGGUGGGGUUUAGCUAUGGGGCAAUGGUGGGGUUUAGGCUGGCUGAGAUGUACCCGGAUUUGGUGGCGGCGAUGGUGGUCACGUCGGCGCCGACGGCGUUGACGGAGUCGCUCAGCCGUGUGGCGCUGCUGGAGAUUGGGUAUAAAAGUUGGUCGGAUUACUUGAUUCCGAACACGGUCAACGGUGUGAAAUCCUUGUUUGAAAUUGGUUCCUUUGACUUCCCGGCGCUUCCUAAUUGGAUUAUGAAACAUUAUUUGGAGGCAAUGGUUAAGUACAGAAAGGAACAAGCAGAACUUCUUCGAGCAUUGGUGGUACCCGAUGAUUUUACCAUCUCUCAAUUCCCACAGAAGAUGCAUAUCAUAUGGGGGAGAAAUGACAAUUUAUUUAAUAUGCAAAUUGCUUACAAUAUGAAAGAGCAAUUUGGAGGAGAAACAAGAUUGGAUUGCAUAGAAAAAGCAGGCCAUAUUGUGCCAAUGGAGCGCCCAUUCAUCUACAACAAAUACCUUAAAAAAUUUCUUCGUUCCUUGCAAACCCAUCAACAAUAAACAUUCACUACAUGUAUUUAAUUAUUACAUUUCAUUUUAUUUUAUUUCAAAAAAUUAAUAAUUUAAUAUGUGUUCGGGUAAAAAUGACAAUUCCCAUAUCAAAUUUGGUGCGCGUAAAAUGUAUCAUUACUUUAUGUCGUAUCAGCGGUUCAUCGUAUUUCUGCGUCUGAUUGAAUUCUAAACUGAAUUAAAUUAUGGAAUGU